CCAGCAUCUUAUUCCCAACUACCAGUCCCCUGAAUUCAACUUUAAGUAGUAGCAGUAGUAGUAAUAAAAAGGAAAAUGAAAAAAUUCAAAAACUUCUUCAAAGCUUCAGAACUUUUGCUCUCUCUCUCAAUUCUUUUCUCCAGCCAAAGCCAAAAAAGCCAGAGAGUUUUUUUGUAGACAAACAUCCCAUUAUUUUGAAUAUAAAGCUACCGUCUGUCUCCCCCGACUUAGCCAUCUUCAAAACUAAGUGUGCAAAUCGAUGUUGCUGUUUUUGUUCACAAUUGCUUUCUCGGUCAUGCCACUGACUCUGUGUUUUCCUCCUGUGAGGAACUUGAAUCUGUUUGUGGAAACGAUGGAGGGUCUUGUUAGGGGAUCGAGAGGAUAUAGAAAUAGGAUCCGCCCGCGUGCACGCCGUGUGUGGUCCAGGAUCUUGGAUUGCAUGCUUUGCAACCUGAGGUCAGAUUAAUUUUCCUUGUUGCUGUUUAGACUGUUGUUUUACAUCAUCAUCAUAAUAAUAAUAAUAGGAGUGUAGUGUA